UACUGUAAUUUAAAUAUAAUAUAUUCAGUUUUGCAAUAAUAUUAACUAGAUUCUACUAAUGAUACUUGUCGGUCUUGCUAUUUGUUUAAUGUAUAUUUAGAAAUGGCGGCAAAAUAUUAAUAAUGAACCGUUUACUAUGACAAUGGUGAAUUUGUUGCGUUUUUCGGAGUAGUGUUUAAAAUGCGUAAGAUGCAAUACAAAAAUAAAUACUGAGUCAAAAAUUGUAUUCAACAAAAAAGUAAGAAAUUGAUUUUCAUAUUUUUCUUUCAAUGCAAAAUACAACGAAAUUCGCGCGGCACUGAAUAUCAUUUUAUCAAACAAACAUUAAACGGAUGAAAGAUACUACUAUACACACGUAUCUCUCUCCAGUAGUAAGCCUGUAUAGACAACUAAACUCCAACAAUGACAAUGAGCUAACACAAUACCUAUACCUACAAGUACAUAUUCACAUGUUUUAGCCACAGAAUCGCGUUUACUUGUCAAAAUAUUUACAAUACGAACGUUUCCCAUAGAUAUUAGUAGGUAUCUAUUGUUCUAAGUAGGUAAAUAUGACAAUCGGUGUGAAUAGGCUAAGGCGAUGUGUAUCGCCCUAUUGCAAAAUGAUGAAAAAAGGUGUGCUUGUACAGAGUAUGUUAUUGGUAUUUCAAGUAACUGGCUGGUUCAAAUUCUUGCUGUUACGAAUAUAAGAGCAAUGUUUUUCUUCUUUUUUUAAUACGCAGGGAAUUAAAGCAUCUAGUUAAUUAAUUGCCAGUUCUUACACGUUUUACUACUAGAUUAUUUAUUGUUAUUUACUGCGUGUAAUUUUAAUUGACGUUUGUUGCGUUUAAUGUUUAGAUGACUUUGUUAUGUAAGCCUUUUAAAUAAAUGUAUAAAUAGUGGGGUAUCAUUGCUUAGGAUAGGGAUGAUGACAGGGUAAAAAGCAAAAAACUAUAGAUAGUUAAUUAAUUAAAAAUGUUAGACACGUAAUUUUGUCUUUUUUGAACAAUCCAAUUGGUAACAUUAAGUUUAGGAGUCUCGUGACUUCACAAAAAUUAUACACAGAAGUAAAAAAAAUCUCGCACAAGUUCUAUUCACUAUAAUUUAAUCAAUUUAUGUUAGCGGGACGAAAGAAAAAAAUACGUAUCCAUUGUUAUUCAUUGAACUACACGACGGACAUUAACAAAAAGAUUGUUAUCAUUCCUGUUUUACACCUGUAGUUUACGUUUAAAUAGAACUAUUUACAAAUUCUCCUGAGAGAGUGAUCUAGUUGCUUAUGAGUAUGUAUAUAACGUACAAUUGUGAUAUCUCUAAUCCUAUACAAAUGAACUCAUUGGUAGUCAUUACGACAUCAAUUGUUUUGAUAUUAUCACGAUAUUAUGACUACUCCCUUUCUCUCGGCGAAGUAAUAGUUUUAACUGAAAAGUUAACAGUGAUUGACGUGUGUUGAAUGGGGACCGUCAUUAUGAGGAGGCACAUUACAGUGCUAUUGGCUUGCUUAGCCGCAGCGAGUGCGACUCUCGAAGUGGUGAACCAAUGGAGUUUGCUGCAGUUCGACUUCCCCCCAGACCCGGUACUGCUGGAGAAAUUCCAGCCUGAGAACACGGUCCCAACGGGACUCGAGAUCGGCUGGGACCGGCUCUACCUGGGUAUACCGCGUCUGAGGGCCGGGGUACCCGCUACCCUCGCUUGGAUACCUCGUAGCUUACCGCCGGGCGUCAGUCCUGUUCUUCAGGCUUACCCCGACUGGUCCUGGCACACGGCUGGUCGCGGCGACAUCAACUGCACCGGCCUCAUCUCCGUGUACCGCGUGCGCGCCGACCGCUGCAACAGGCUCUGGGUGCUGGACGCGGGCGUCGUCACCAGUAUCGAUGACUUCAGACGUGUCUGCCCACCCAAGAUCCUCAUCUUCGACAUGGCUACUGAUCGUUUGGUCCGCAGCGUGUACUUCCCUCGCGAGCUGCUCCGCCCCAGCUCGCUCCUCACCAACAUCGUGCUGGACGACACGCGGUCCUCCUCCUCCCGCCUGUCCUCCUCCUGCGACAACCUCUUCGCCUACAUCAGUGACACAGUUGCACCAGGUAUUAUAGUGUACGAUGGCAGGCGGGACAACGCGUGGAGAGUGACACACGCCUCCAUGUACCCGGACCCCGACCUCGGAGAGUACGACAUCGGUGGCGAGAAGUUCACCCUCAUGGACGGAGUGGUCGGCCUCGCGCACUCGCCGGCGCAGGGACUACUGUACUACCAGCCUUUGGCCACUGACAGACUUUUCAGCGUAUCGACCGCGGUGCUAGCGUCUGGUCCCCCAGCAGAGGGCACCGACCUGCCCGUCAACCUGGUGGGCCGCAAAUCCUCGCAGGGGCUCGGCGUGGCCGUGGACCCAAGAGACGACACCAUCAUCUUCAGCCCCAUGACCGAGACCGCCAUCGCAGCCUGGAACCCCAUCACUAACUCGCACAAGGUGCUGGCGCAGGACCCUGAGAAGCUUCAGUUCUGCGCGGAGGUGCGGUGGGCGGAGCGCGACAACGGCGCCGUGUGGGCGCUCUCCACAAGAUUCCACAAGUUCUUCCGACGAUCUGCAUCGAAACAUGAGAUCAACAUUCGCAUCGUGCGCAUCAUCGACAAUGGCUUCGUGUCUCUCCAACCGCACGUGCUGCGUCGCGCCGCCAGACAAUUCAACGCCACCACAAACUACUGAGACCACAAAACAAGCACGUCCGCAGACACACACUGCCAAAGUCAUUGCAGCUUCCAUUUCAGAGAGCCGUUUAAUAAUAAAAUAGUAAUAUAAUUCAAAAAGAGUUACCAAAAAUUAACAGGGCUUGUAGACAAGUUACGUUGCUUUACAUUAUUGCAUUGAACUAACACUUAAAAGUCUUACCAAUGGAAUCGUUCUUUCAUAUUUGAAAUUUUCUACUCUUUAUCUAUUCCAAAGCAAUGUAACAUUGUCUACGCCCUCAGAUUUCAAUUCCUUCUGUAACAUCUUAAUAAUUAAAUUAAGCGAAUGCCAUUUAGCACCUACAGCGACUUUGUACGGAUAUAAGUUAAGCUACCGAAGAGGUUCAUUCAUAAAGCGGUUAGUGUUUUUCUAAGAAUUAUUUUAUGUGUGUUUAAGCAAACAGUUUGUGCAUAUAUAGAAUGUAAACGUCAUACGUCAAUAACGAGUGUCGAGGUUCUUGAACUGAGAUCGCAGUUUUAAGAUGCGGUCAUUAUCGUCAAAGUAAAUUUAAGGUCAAUAAAAUGUAAAUAGUGAGUCGUUUCUCAUUAAAAUAGGGCAAAAAAACUCUCUAGAGUCCCUAUUUUCAGCUUUUUAGGCAAACGCAUGCUAUAUUCUUUACGAAUAUAUGUUAUUGCGGGACCAUUAAAUUUUCUUAUUUUUUCUUCUGGAACUAUUGACAAUAGAGUAUUUGACUA